UUUACAAGAGUGCCCCAAAAUUUAACACUACAAUUACGAAUCCCUUCGGAAAAACCCUCGUCUUUCAUCCUCAUUCCUCUUGGACUCUUGUGUUCUAUCUUUAAACAAAACACCAAUAAAAAGCUCAAGAACUUGAACUAAUUCUCAUAUUUUCUUCAAAAUUCAACAGAAGAUAUCUCCAAUUUCCACCAUUUCAGAUAAAUUAAAUGUCUGUAUUAUCUCAGAACAUGAAUAUCAGAGGUUGCACUGGUAUUGCAAAGCCUGGUUUCUCGCUAGUACCUAUGGACUUGCCAUUUUUGAGGCUUCGUGAAGUACAUUUGCCUCCAAUUUUAGCACUUCCGUUACCAUGUAAUCUUAACAAGAAAUCAGGUUUCAAGAUUAGCUUUCAGCAAUCAGUGGCUGAAAGAUCUUUUUCAAGCUCUCGAGCAUCUAAACCUUACUCCGGCCAGGUUAAGAAGAAGGAAGAGCGUGCAUCUUCCUUGUAUAUGCGUCCUAGUUUAUCAGAAAUGAAGAAACAAACAAUGGAGAAUCGUGCCCGUGUUUAUGAGUUUCUGAAAGGGAUUGGUGUUGUGCCUGAUGAACUAGAUGGACUAGAACUACCCGUUACAGUUGAUGUCAUGAGGGAACGUGUUGACUUUCUUCACAAAUUGGGACUUACAAUUGAGGACAUUAAUAACUAUCCACUUGUUCUUGGCUGCAGCGUCAAAAAGAACAUGAUCCCAGUACUAGAUUACCUUGGAAAACUUGGUGUCCGAAAGUCUAGCAUCACCGAGUUCUUAAGGCGGUAUCCACAAGUUCUCCACUCUAGUGUUGUUGUGGAUCUUCAACCUGUAAUUAAGUACUUGCAAGGAAUGGAUAUCAAACAAGCUGAUAUUCCUCGUGUUUUAGAGAGAUAUCCUGAGGUUUUGGGAUUCAAGCUUGAAGGGACCAUGAGCACGUCAGUAGCAUAUUUGGUCGGGAUAGGUGUUGGAAGAAGAGAAAUCGGGGGUGUUUUAACUAGAUACCCCGAGAUUUUAGGUAUGCGAGUAGGCCGCACCAUCAAACCUUUUGUUGAGUACCUUGAAGGUAUUGGCAUUCCCGGGUUAGCUAUUGCUAGAUUAAUCGAAAAACGGCCGCACAUUCUUGGAUUUGAUUUAAAGGAAAGGGUAAAACCAAAUGUUGAAUGUCUUCUAGAAUAUAAUGUUCGAGAAAGGUCACUUGCAUCAGUCAUUGCUCAGUAUCCUGAGAUUUUGGGGAGUGAUCUGAAGUCCAAGCUUUCCACUCAACAAGCAUUGUUUGAUUCUGUCCUUAAUCUAGGUUCCGAAGAUUUUGGGCAAAUACUCGAGAGAAUGCCACAGGCUGUUAGCCUAAAUAAAUCAGCGAUAAUGAACCAUGUCGAUUUUCUUAAGAUUUGUGGUUUCUCUUUACAACAGAUUAAAAAGAUGGUUGUUGGGUACCCACAGUUGCUUGCAUUGAAUCUUGAUAUAAUGAAGCUUAAUUUUGAUUACUUUCAAAUGGAAAUGGGUAGACCCUUGGAUGACUUGGUCGAUUUUCCGGCCUUCUUCACUUAUGGUUUGGAAUCCACGAUAAAGCCAAGGCAUCGACAGGUUGCGAAAAGAGGGUUGAAAUGCUCCCUUUCUUGGCUUUUAAAUUGCUCGGAUGAGAAGUUUGAUCGAAGAAUGAGUUAUGAAUCUAUUGAACUGGAUGACAUGGAGUCUGAGCCCAUGUUUGACAUGAAAUCUCUGAUGGAACCGAGAACAGGCGAGUCAGAUUCUGAUUAUGAGACUGAAGAUUAUGAUGAUGACGAUAUGUAAUGAGAUUAUAUAGCUUUGUAGAUUACUGUGGUUGCGAGUCGUUUCUCAUUCGAAUACUGGGAAUCACCAAAUAGACAUCGAUGAUCUAAUAUCCGAAAGAUCAAUGUUGUAAUGAUCAUUUGUUCGAGCAUAACAGUGCGCUUAUUUAUUCACAAUUAUUUGUCUGAUGAACACUCCUAGCCUUUUCUGACAAAAUAUUUGUCUUUUGUUUUCGGGUUUAAUAACAUAUCACAUAUUCGGAA